AAUGCGGCUUUAACAAGAGCUAACACUUCACUAUACCUGGAGCUCGACAGAUACCAUGAGCUCCUACCUCUACGAGAUCCCAACAACGGGGGCAAUAUCGUUCUCGGACUUUUGCUAUGAUCAGACCGCUUCGUAUGUUGCGGAGGUGGCGGAUACUACCGAAGCUCGGGCAAACCUCCGUGCUGCUUUGAAGGAAUUUAAGCGAGCAGAGGAUGAUGAGAGGGAUUAUCUGAAACUUGUGAAAGUUCUUGACGAUUAUAUACCGAAACUUUACGGUAUAACCGUCUGCGUGGACAGCGGCGAUCUAACAAUCAGGUCGGAACCCAUCUUUAGCUGGCGGACGACGCUCUCGUCUAACCUUUUCCACACCUCACCUCGUCUUUCCCUUCCUUCUCUGCCCACUGAGAUCGCUUUCACCUUGCUAACGUACGGAUUUGCUCUCUCAAACCUUGCAAGAGCUAUUGUUGCUUCGCUCGGUAUCUACGAGACCGAACGUGCGAUAUCUGAUACAGAUCGUAAAGCCAAGGACGAACGGCUACAUUUCGCAACAACUCUGCUUUGCAAGGCUGCAGGCGUUUUCGAGUUUAUAGCCAAGGAAGUUCUUUCACAAUGGGACUCCGCAAGAGAACGCGCUCUAGCUGCAGGAAUGUCGUGUCCACGACCACCCGACCUAAGUCGUGAAGUUCUUAUCGGACUCAGCAAGAUGGCUCUAGCGGAUGCGCAGGCCCUCGCCAUUCGCAAACAUCUUUCCAAGGCAGCAUUCGACAGUACUCUUACCCCAGGACCACCGCUUCCCAAAUCCCACCCUUCCCCCGCACUCGCCGCUAAACUCCACCUCGAAUGCGUUGCGCUCUAUUCAAGCGGUCGAGCGCUUGCCAAAACACCCGGAGCAUCCCGUCCAAACCUGACAUCUUCUUCAAAGUCUAAAUUCAAAUUAAGCCUGGGUAGGAAGGAUAAAGACAGGGACGGAGAAGGCUCAGAGAUGAGUUUGCCUAGAGAAGAAGCGGGCGAAGACGUCUCACCAGAAUUGGGGAGAUAUCUAGCAGAUGAGAUCGCGUACCAUAAUGCGUUGGCGCAUAAGUGGCUUGGUGUUGACGCUGGUGAGAACGGCGCGACGAGCGAAGGUGGGCGGGCGGUUGGUUUCCUCGUAUGGGCAAAGAAAGAGCUCGAGGAAUUGAAGAGUGGUGGUCUUGGACAUGGAGGUGUCGUGGGUAUUGGUACGACGGAUCGAGAACGCGUAAUGCGCGAGGCAAGAAGAGCAAGAGUACAGGUAGAACUGGAAAGCGUCAAUGUAUUCCUGAAAGGGUAUAAGCGUAUGAACGAUUCGCUUGCAUUUCAACCAGUCCCUCCACAAUCAGACCUUCAAGCAUCUGUACCAACUGGACGUUCCGCUGUCACGAUUAGGCCCUACUCUCAGCCGACACCCGCCUUUGGACCGGGCUCGGUUGAGUAUGCUAGGAAACAAGCAGAAGCCUUGGAAUUGUUGGAUGACUCUUCGAAUAAGGAACCAGUGAGUUCCAGGCCAGAAUAUGCCGGCGCUGGCGCAUAUUAUUGAAAGGGCAAAUGAACUGGUGUCGAGAGGGAUGUGUACAUAUGUGUCUCUACGUCAUUAUUUAUGUCUAAUACUUGGAUGUAUUGCCUGUAAGAUAAGCUGUCCAUUACUGUCCUCUGCGAUCAUCUUUAACUAAAGAUCUCGGUCGGCUAAUCAAUCAAUAAAACCAAUCCUUUUCCCUUCUGCCACUCGACU